AUGCGAAUGGCUUCCGCGAUCGUCUGCCCUCCUCCGGCUUCCAUCUUCGGGGCGGCGAGAUUGGCAGGAGUAGCGGCAGAAGGAGCGGCAGGGGAUCGAGAUCAAGCUGGGGCUAGGAGCAAAGAAUUGGUGACGAUGGCUCCUCCAGGAACUUCGGGAAGAACAACGAGACGAUCCAGCACUAGAUCGACCACCUCUCAAAAGGCCGCCGCAGAGACCCAUCGCCCGGUGACGCGAUCCAGGAAGCAAGCCCGGCCCUCCAAGUCGCCCAUCCGGCGAUCAUCACUGGCGGAGGCCCCGGCGGAGAUGAUUGAUGUCACGGCCUGGGAUCUCGUGGGGCAUUUCUUCUCGUGGGGAUUCGUGGCGCUGGUGGUGGUGCUGGGAUUGAUCAGCACGUUUUGGAACUGGCAGGAAUCACAGUCGGCGGGCGGGGGAUUGGUGCCAUCCGCGAGGGAAUUCGCGGAGAUGGAUUCGAUGCUGCGCAAGUCCACCAAGUGGAUGCAAGCCCAGCUGGAUCUCAUCGACAUGAAGAUCGGGAAGGAGAUGGCGGGGCUCAAGCGCGACGUGGAACACAUGAUCGACGCCGAGGCCUUCUCGAUCGCCUCCAAGGUCCACAACCUCAAAUCCCAGAUGGACAGCAUCGAAUCGUCGCUCAACUUCCUCAAGCAAGAGGGGAUCCUCACUCGCCAGGAGACACUACAGCUGAUUGGAAGCGCGGCGGACGAUCGCGCCACGGAUGGAUCGGGCAAGGCGCUCAGCCUGGACGACGUCCGCGCCGCCGCCAAGAAGAUCAUCGAGGACGAGCUGGAGAGGCACAGGGCGGACGGGAUCGGAAGAACAGACUACGCGCUGGCCAUCGGCGGCGGGAGAGUGAUCGACUACUCGGAGGGCUACUUCUCGCUCACUCCCUGGUCGGGAUUGCUGGGCAUUCUUCCCGGGGACUACCGCCGCCAUCCCAAGGCCAACAAGAUCCUGGAGCCCAGCUUUGGCGAGCCCGGGCAGUGCCUCCCGCUCAAAGGGAGCAACGUUUUCGUGGACAUCCGGCUGCGCACCGCCAUCUACGCGGACUCCAUCACGCUCGAGCACGUCUCAAAGAGGGUUGCCUAUGACACCGGGAGCGCCCCGAGAGAUUUCCAGGUGUUUGGCUGGCUGGAGGCCUCCGCGGCGCACAAGAAGGGCGAGAGGGUCUUGCUGGGAUCAUUCAGGUAUGAUAUUGAGAGCUCCAGCGUCCAGACCUUUCGGCUCUACAAGACCGCGUCAAAGCUUCUGGUCAACACAGUCAGAGUCCACGUUGUGUCAAACUACGGGAGCUCUACGCAUACGUGCUUGUAUCGGGUCCGCGUCCACGGCACGGAGCCCCAUUCUGAGGAAUAG